CUUGCAGACCACUCAGACCAGCACACUCGUAAUGGCGGGUCUGCCUCCCAAGCCAGACUUUCCACCCCGGCCACAGAGCACCUGGCCUGACAAGAACGAUGCUCGUUCUUCACCCGAUCGUCACUACCACCCCCGUGAUGACAGGCGAGACAGAGACCGCGACCACAGAGACAGAGACAGGGACCGGGACCGACGCUCAUACCGCUCGCGUUCCCCUUCACGUCCCAUGAUGGACAGUUACAUCGCAGGCUCUCACCCCGCAUCUCCCUCGAAGGGUACAUCCCCGCACGCAAGAGACAUUAGUCGAAUGCCAGGGUCUCCCGGCCGACCCCAUGGACCAGACUACCGAAGCUAUGAUGAUUCACGCAUGAGGGACGACCGGGAUUGGAGAGGUGGUAGCACAUGGGACAGACGGCCAUCUCGCUAUUCUGACCGCGAUCGCGAGAGGGAGAGAGAUUUUGACUAUAGGAGAGGAACGAGAACCUGUCUCAACGAGACGAAGACCAUUCGACCAAUAUGAUAGGGAAAGGGAUGAUAGGAGACGGUACUCUUCACCUGACUAUCGUUGGAACUCGCGGUCGCCACCCCCGCGUCGCGGUGAUCACUACGCUUGGACGCGCACGCUCCCCG